AUGGCCAGAGACAAUGGUUCUCCUCCACUCAGCAGCAACGUGACCGUGAACGUGUUCAUAUCAGAUGUGAAUGACAACUCUCCUCAGAUACUGUACCCUGCCCCAGAGGGUAACUCAUUCAUGACUGAGCUGGUCCCCAAAGCUGCACAUGGAGGCUCUCUGGUGUCGAAAGUGAUAGCGGUCGACGCAGACUCUGGACAGAAUGCAUGGCUGUCCUAUCAUAUAGUCAAAUCCACUGAUCCGGGACUUUUCACUAUUGGUCUCCACAGCGGAGAGAUCAGGACACAGCGGGACAUUUCUGAAUCUGACAGCAUGAAACAGAAUCUUAUUGUGUCAGUGAAAGAUAACGGACAGCCCUCUCUCUCUGCCACCUGUUCCAUGUAUUUACUUAUUUCUGAUAACUUGGCUGAGGUGCCAGAACUGAAGGACAUUUCUUAUGAUGAGAAGAAUUCCAAACUGACGUCUUAUCUGAUCAUUGCUCUAGUGUCCGUAUCCACCUUCUUUCUGACCUUCAUCAUCAUCAUCCUGGGUGUGAGGUUUUGUCGCAGGAGAAAGCCCAGACUGUUGUUUGAUGGAGCAGUUGCCAUCCCCAGCGCUUAUCUCCCUCCUAACUACGCAGAUGUUGACGGCACAGGAACUUUACGCAGUGCUUACAAUUAUGACGCCUACCUGACAACAGGUUCAAGAACCAGUGACUUUAAGUUUGUGACAUCUUAUAAUGACAACACGCUGCCUGCUGACCAGACUCUGAGGAAAAGUCCCUCAGACUUUGUUGAUCCAUUUGAAGACUUGGAGUCAUCGGAAGAGCAAAACGUUCCUUUUAAGUUGGUUCCUUCUAUUAAAAACUAUUAUUCUCUGGUGACCACAGGACAUCUGGACCGUGAAUUAGUGUCUGAUUACAACAUCACAAUCACUGCCACUGAUGAGGGCUCUCCACCUCUGUCCUCCUCUAAAACUGUUGAGUUAUCUGUAGCUGAUAUCAACGAUAACCCACCUGUGUUCGAGGAACAGUCCUACAGUGCAUAUUUUAGGAAUUUUAAAGUCCAUGUGAUGGCCAGAGACAACGGCUCUCCUCCACUCAGCAGCAACGUGACUGUGAAUGUGUUCAUAUCGGAUGUGAAUGACAACUCUCCUCAGAUACUUUACCCUGCCCCGGAGGGUAACUCCUUCAUGACAGAACUGGUCCCUAAAGCUGCACAUGGAGGCUCUCUAGUGUCCAAAGUGAUAGCGGUGGAUGCGGACUCUGGGCAAAACGCAUGGCUGUCCUAUCAUAUAGUCAAAUCCACUGAUCCUGGACUUUUCACUAUUGGUCUCCACAGCGGAGAGAUCAGGACACAGCGGGACAUUUCUGAAUCUGACAGCAUGAAACAGAACCUUAUUGUGUCAGUGAAAGAUAACGGACAGCCCUCUCUCUCUGCCACCUGUUCCAUAUAUUUACUUAUUUCGGAUAACUUGGCUGAGAUGCCAGAACUGAAGGACAUUUCUUAUGAUGAGAAGAAUUCCAAACUGACGUCUUAUCUGAUCAUUGCUCUAGUGUCCGUAUCCACCUUCUUUCUGACCUUCAUCAUCAUCAUCCUGGGUGUGAGGUUUUGUCACCGGAGAAAGCCCAGACUGUUGUUUGAUGGAGCAGUUGCCAUCCCCAGCGCUUAUCUCCCUCCUAACUACGCAGAUGUUGACGGCACGGGAACUUUACGCAGUGCUUACAAUUAUGACGCCUACCUGACAACAGGUUCAAGAACCAGUGACUUUAAGUUUGUGACAUCUUACAAUGACAACACACUGCCUGCUGACCAGACUCUGAGGAAAAGUCCUUCAGACUUUGUUGACCCGUUUGAUGAUUUUGAGUCAUCUGAAGAGGUAGGAAACCUUCAUUUCGCUUGA